AUGCCUCGUGGCCAGAAGAGCAAGCUCCGUGCCCGUGAGAGGCGCCGCCAGGCCCGUGCUAAAAAUGCACUGCAGGAAGAAGCCUCUCCAGGUCCUUUCUAUGGGUGUCCACAUCAGGCUAUUCCUCUUGCCAGUAUGCCUACAUCUCCCAACAUGCUAAUGGGAGAGCAGUCUACCUUUUCACACUCAUAUACAUGUGACAAAAACCUAGAUGAGAAAAGUUCAGAUGGCUCUGAGGACAUGGAGGACUGGUGUAAAGAUCCUAUUAACCACAAAGUCGUCUUACUGGUGCAGUUCCUGAUGGAGAAGUAUCGAAAGAAAGAGGUUAUUACAAAGGCAGAUAUGCUGAAGUCUGUUAUCAAAACAUCGAAGAACCACUUCAAUGAGAUCCUAAAGAGAGCCUCAGAUCACAUGGAACUGGCAUUUGGUGUUGAUCUGAAGGAAGUGGAUCCAAACAGGCACUGCUAUGCCCUUUUUAACAAACUAGAACAUACCUUUGAUGGAGUGAUGGGUGAAGAAAAAAUGCCCAGUAGUGGCCUCCUGAUGAUUGUGCUAGGUGUGAUAUUCAUGAAAGAUAACUGUGCCCCUGAAACUGAGAUCUGGAAUGUGCUGAAUAUGAUGGGUGUAUAUGCUAAUAGAAAACACUUCAUCUAUGGAGAUCCUAAGAAGGUCAUCACUGAAGAUAUGGUACAGCUAAGGUACUUGGAAUACCGACAAGUGCCCAACAGUAAUCCUCCAUCCUUUGAAUUCACGUGGGGUCCAAGAACCCGUGCUGAAAUCAGCAAGAUGAAAAUCUUGGAGUUUUGGGCCAAGAUCCAUGAUACUACACCAGAUUCCUUCCCAACCUUGUAUGAAGCAGCUCUGAAAGAUGAAGAAGAGAGAGCCCAAGCCAGGGCUAUAGCCAGGGCUCACACUUCUGCAAUGGCCAGUUCAUAUUCAAGAGCCAUGGUGUGACGCUCCUCCCAUGCUAAUAUCUAA